GGGAGCCCCGGCACCGGCACGAGGCCGGGCGGAGCGAUGUGCGAGCAGGCGGCGCGGUACUGCCGGGCCGGCGUGCACAGGCUGCUGCGGAAGCCAGCGCCGGCGCUGCGCGGGCUGGACGGGCUGCUGCGCUGGGUCGGGGCCAGGAUGAGCGACAAGGGCGUCGCCGACAGGGAGCUGCUCACCUCGGGAGCCUCCGCGCAGAGGAAGGGCACCUCCGUCAUCCUCGAUAUUUUUAGAAGAGCUGACAAAAAUGAUGAUGGGAAGCUGUCCCUGGAGGAGUUCCAGGCCUUUUUUUCCGACGGGACGCUCAAUGAGGAGGAACUUGAGAAGCUGUUCCACACCAUCGACUCAGACAACACGAAACUAUUUUGCCGAUCACAUGGGAGACUACGAAGACGUCCUGGCCUCACUGGAGACUCUGAACCUCUCCAUCCUGAAGGCAAUGGACUACACCAAACGCAGCUGUUGGUCUCGGACCCACGUGGAACUCCUGUCAUAUCUGGCCUCACAAGCACCGAGGUAUUAGUGGAGGUGUAUGAAAGCGGCAGCAAUGUGGACCAGUUUGUCACCCGCUUCCUGCUGAAGGAGACGGCCAACCAGACCCAGUCACUGCUGAGCUCGGUGGAGAGCGCCGUGGAUGCCAUUGAUGAGCAGACCAACCCCUCCAGGCAGUGCCCUGGCCCAGCCGGCCUGACGCUGACGGAGGCCUGGCAUGGCAGUCCUGUGCCCAGCUACGCAGCCCCCGGCCGCAUCGUGCCCCAGGGCCCCGGGAAGAGCAGCCAGAGCGGUGCUCCCGAGCCCAGGCAGGACGGGCUGGAGGGGCAGAUCGGCAGGCUGGCCGCACUCAUUGGCAGGCUGGAGGACAAGACUCUCUGGUUUGACCUGCACCAGCGGCUUUCGGACAGCGAGAGCACAGCUUGCACGUACCUGCUCCUGGUGCGGGAUGAGAUGACGGUGUCACACAAGCACUUGGGCGAGUUCUGCAGCUCCCUGAAGCAGUACCUGAAGAGCGUGGCUGGGGAGCGGGACUGCUUCCAUGUCACUGCAGUCAAGCUGCCCGACGGAGUCACCUUCAUCGUCUAUGAGUUUUGGGAGACCGAGGAGGACUGGAAGAGGCACCUGCAGAGUGCCACCUGCAAGGGCUUCCAGCAUGUCAAGGUGGAUGCGCUGAGCCAGCCUGAGACCAUCUCCACUGUGGCUGUGCCAGCUGCCUGGUGCACCCUGAGCCAAGAUUGACCGUGCAGGGACCUGGCUGCGCCCCCCACCCCCUGCCAGGCACUGUCCCCCGCAUUGUGUUGGCCAGAGGGGAGUGUGAUUGUCACCUGUCUGCAGCAAAGGAACUCCCCUUGUCCCCCAUCAGCAGCACCUCACCCUGAGCUGCCCCACUCCUGGGGCACCUCUCCCUACAUGGGGUUGGCUCUUUGUGGCCUGGGAGGGGGUGGUGAUGAGGUGGAUAUGGUGGGAGCAGACCCCUCAGUAUGCAGGAGGUGUGUACUGGGGUCUCUGAUGGGUAGAUCCAGCACAAGGGAGGGAAGAGGGAUGGAGAUCUGCAGGGCACUUGGGGCCCCAGUGGGGUGGAGGUAGGUGCCUCGCAGGCCCGAGGGUGGCUGAUCCCCCAGUCCCAGGGUCUGUAAGUCUGUGUGUGCCUGUCUGUCUGUCUGUGCACACUCUGCCCCAUCUUGCCCAGCCCCAUGGGGGAAUGACAGGGCCUCACAAGGUGUCCUCCCCUCUACCCAAGUGUUUAUUAAUGAUAGAACAACAGAAUUGAUAAUACUGAAUAAACCAUGA